UCCUGCCGCAAUUUCCCUGUGUCAUGGCUCCGGUCUCUUAGCAACAGCCGCCAGUCCGGCCGCCGGGAGCAGCCGCCGCGGGCUCAACUCCACCCGGCGGAGCCCGGCGCGCUGCAGCCACACAAAAGAGGCGCAAGGCCGGGGAGCGCGCGGCCGCAGGGGCCGGCGGGGAGCGCGACGGGAGGGGACAGUGGCAGCCGAGGAGGCGCGCCCGAGGGAAGAAGGGCUCCAGGCGGCGCGCGGGCUGCGGAGGACCUGACACUUCUUGGAAACUCUUGGAAAUGGCUCCCGCCACCGCGCCGGAGGGGACUGCGAGCCCCUGGCGCAGGUUCGUCCCCGCCGAGCUGUCCAGCCGCUAUUGCUAUUGCGCCCGGGGCCCCGGGGCGCUGUCCCUGCGCUCCGCCGUCGGCUGGGACUGAAAAGUUUCUCCAUGGUUCUUUGUGUCUCCCGAGCUGCCCUGGUCUCCCUGGGAGGCAACACAACCAGUGGAACUGAGAAUGCACUCUGAGGACCCAGCAGAACGGGACUUUUAACAGCUGACAGAUAAGCACAAACAGGCAUCAGUUCUUGUACCUGCUUAGACUGUAUAGACAACCCAAAGAGCUUCCCAGAACUAGGCCACUGUUAACCACUCCUCUUCCUCAAAAUGACCUCCAGAGAAAAGGAUGAAGAGAACAGCUUUUAUGUGUGGAAAUACCUUCCUAUAAAUCAUCAUUAUGUAGACUGCUUUGCCUAGGAGGAGGAGGUGACCAAGCAGUUAGAGGACAGUUGGCCCUCCCCCUAACUGUCGGCCCCAGCCCUUGGGGCUAGCCCUGAACUCCACCAGUUCGCCAUGAUCGCCACCGGUGGCCUACUGAGGAUAUCUGCCAGAAAGCAAGAUCCCCUCCGCCCCACCAGCCAGGUCCCUAAGCGCAAGAGGAAAGCCAAGAAGAGGCGUAAAAACGACGUGGUUGUGGUGAAGGGCAAGCUGAAGCUGUGCUCCAUCUCCGGGCUUAUUGCCCUUUGCGGGAUCCUAGUGCUGUUGGUGGGCAUAGCCAUGGCCGUGGUGGGCUACUGGCCAAAGGCCAACACGGCCAACAGAGGGGGCAGCAAGCAGCCAUUGCCUGUGGGAGGCAGCCAUCGCUUUGGGACCACUGGCAACAGCAGCCGUGGCAGCAAAAACCCGACCAAGAGUCACUCCGGGACCCCAGGGGGUGUCAACUCCACUUCUGUGGGAGGACCCAGGAGUUCGCCUCCGACUAGAUCUGCAGCCACAUCCUCUUCCUCUUCCUCUUCCUCCUCCACAUCAGUGGGCUUCUUCUUCCGAAUCGUCUCAGGCUACUUGCACUCAGACAAGCUCAAGGUCUUUGGGCCCCUCAUCAUGGGUAUCGGCAUCUUCCUCUUCAUUUGCGCCAACGCGGUGCUCCAUGAGAACAGGGACAAAAAGACCAAGAUCAUCAACCUGCGGGACCUCUACUCUACUGUCAUCGACGUGCACAGCCUCCGCGCCAAAGAUCUGGCAGCAGCAGCAGCUGCAGCUGCCGCCGCCGCGGCCUCCUCCGCCACCACCGCCCCCGGCUCUGCACCCGCCAGGGCAGCGCCGCUCAAUGGCUUUCUGAGCUACGUGCAAUCCCGGGGCCUGGAACUGAAGCCUGGUAGCUGCACCGGCUCUGCAGACGCCUUCGGGGCCACUGCAAUGCUGGCCAGGGGCUCAUGGCCCCACCCCGCCGGGCUAGGCGGAGGCGGCGGCGGGACUCGGGAUGCAGGGUCGCCGCCGGACCUGGCUUCAUCUCCGCGCUGUCCGCGGGAGCCCCCGAGCCUGGCCGAGGCGGUGUACAGCAUCUACCGCGAGCGCUCCAGCGGGGCUGGCCGUCGCCGGACCACAGUUGCCGCGGUGGCUGCGGCCACGGCCACUGUCACCGCCGCCGCCAGUGGCAGCAGCAGCCCGGCGCUCUGCAGCCCGACCGGGAGUUGGGGGCGCCAGAGCACUGCCAGUUCCCUCGUGGGCUCCUCGCUGAGCGCCUUCGCGCUGCUGCCUUUGCAAGGGGACCGGGACAGAGACGGGGACUCGGAGGGAGCAAGUUGCAGCUGGCACAGGCCGCCGGGGGAACGCGGCUCUCGGGAUCUCCCCAGGGAAGAACUGGACCUGAGCCUGACGGACCUCCGGGGAGCCGAGGGCGGGGCGCGCUGGGCGUCCAGUGAGCCGGACGAGCCCGUGGGCGCGGCGACAGCAAGCACCGCCAGGGGGCAGGGCGGCCGCCUGCCCAGGACAGGCAGGUACGCGGCCUGGCGGCGCCGCAGCACCAGCGGGCUCCUGGACUACCGGUCGCAACCGUCUCCGGAGCCUCCGCCCUCCCCUGGUGCAGCGGACCUGGACUCCAACCUUCCAGAGACAACCGCCACGCCCUCGGUCCCUCUGCGCCCCAAGGACUCGCCCCGUGUCCGGCGGGACUCCCACAGUUCCCAGUCCGAUGAGCUGUCCUGCAGCAAUAAGGGCUACACCCCCCUGAGGGAGGCUGACACCUCUGUGGAGUCGGUCGUGGACGUGGUGGCCAAGAAAAGGCUAGACUGCGCAGACGCCACGGAUCCGGGUACGGAGCCUAGCUCCCCGGAGGGUCCCAGUCCAGAGACAACUAGGGCGGAGCAGCCUCAGUCUGGGCAGAGGCAGUUUACAAACAAGGAGAAACUCUUUCUGAUUUCCAGGUCUCACACCCCAGGAACAGAGGACCCGGAACUGGAAAACUCUUCCACCUAGGGAGAGAGAGGAGGGCAGGGAAAGGAGAGACUAGUCCCACUGGAACCCCUACCUUAACCCUAACCCAUUUCCCUGUGGACAGGUCCGAGGAAACCAUUCAAUAUCCAAAGAGCUGCAGAAUGUUAUCCUUGAAUUGCAUUCACAAGAUUCGUGUAGAUAACUAAAGCAAUUUUUUUUUAAAAAAAGCAGUCGUCUUUUUAUGUCCGAUGGUGAUUGUACGUUCCAUGAAAACCAAAUGUAUUAAAAGGUCAUAAUCUAGUUCAUUAGAUGAAAUUCUCUUAAUUUUCUUAGGCUCAAAAUAAUAUAUUUUUGACAGUAACUCUGCACUUUAUUCCAAUUUUUCUUUACCCCCCCCCCACCUUCCCUCACCCCUGUACUCUGCUGCUGACGUCGUUCAUAGCUGCCUGUGGAUGAAUGACAAGCUUUUUACUUCCCUCUUCUUGAAGAGCCUAGAAGAGUCCGUGUCAGUUCUCUUAGAACUGAUCUUUCUAGGUGAAGUCCAAGUCUAAAGCAUGAGCAUCGGAGAGAGAGGGUUCCCUUGCCUUACCCUGCUCUGCGCUCCAGCUGUCCAAAGGACUCUAUUUUUAAAAAGGAGAUUUUCAUUUUGCUACCAGGGUGUGUGAAGACUGGAGGGUGCCAGCUACUAGACUGGACUGUUACGCCCCUAAACUCCCAAUACCAAGUACACCAUGCGUUACCCAGUAUUACUACACCUGUAUGGAAAGUAACAUUAGUAUUUAAAGUCUUUUUGUUUUUUUAAUAAAAAAAAGUUUCCAAACAGUUAAACAAUAACAUUGCCUCAUUUUGCCUGGGAACUAAUGCACAGCAAACAGUUAACAAUUUCUCUCGUCGAUGCAAAAUAUUCGUCUGUUAAGACUGUAGUCACCUUCUACCAAAGUGACAGAGGGUCAGUAAGGGUGUGAGUGCAUUAAUCCAUUGCCAGUGUUUUUACCUUGAAGACAUAGAGUAGUAUGUGGCCCUUGGGAGUAGAAUGGAAGCUUGACUAAAUACUAUUUUUCUAUAAUACUUGCCGUUAACCUCAAGGUUAAUUUACAGGGGUGCCAGCCUUAACAAGCCCCUCCCCACCCACUCCUGUUUCUCUCUUUGUUCUAGGUUCAUGGUUUUGCAUCUACAGCUGACAUAAGCCACACAGUAAUGUUACAAUACUUCGGGAGUAGAUCACAAUUCAUCAGUUAGCCAAUUGUCAAGACCAGAAAACAAAUGAUUUACAGUUCUAAUUAAUCCCUCUUCCUCUGAGUGUGACCUGAGACUCAUCGCAGAAGACCAAAACAAUGCUUUUAAAGAAAAACCAGUGGCAGGUGUGCUGGCAUUGCCCCGCACGAGUGACCAGGCAUGCUGCAGGUGUGUGGAUUCAGGAGCUCAUGGUAUCUACCAGCUGUGACGCUCUUAACACUGCAGACACAGGCCUCCACCAUCAGCUCUGUAAGAUAAGGUUAAAAGACCCAUGCAGCUCUAAGGGGAACAACCGUGGGGCAGGGAGGAAGAGCAGGGAUGGGAGUGCAGAGUCCAGUAGAAUUCCAGAAGACAUACUUAAUUCAGCACAGGGGCUACUGUCUUCUUGGUACCACUGUGACGUAUCUUCUGACAGCUGCAGCAGCAGCUCAGGCCUCGCCCCAGGCUGCUGCAAUCUGGGGUAGUUAUUCAUUAUCUGCAGAACCACAGGCAAAUCACUUAAUCCCUCUGGGCCUCUGGUGAAUGAUGUAAUCUCUAUGAUCCCCUUCAGCUCUAAAAGCUUAACUUAAAUUCAGAGUAUUGGAUUUAUGCUGGAUACAAUCUUCUGUUUGUACAUACAACUUAGCAAAGAGGGAUAUAUUCCAUAAACUUCCAUGAGCAGAACUUUCUGUAAUAAAUUUUAAGUGGACCUAGUGUUCCCUCAGACUAUGCGCAUUAAGCUAAUAACUCACUUUGAAUCUCUGGAUUAACUUGUUGAACUUUUCUAUAAAGCAAAAGUGAGUUUCUGACAAGUAAGAGACACAAACAAACGCAAUAAAGGCCCUGGUAACAUUGUAUUUCCAUUCUGCCCUCAGAGAGUGUGUUACUGAAAAGUUAAAAUGGGCCCCGAUAUUCUUCAGCACUGUUUCCAGUCCUCAGAAAAUGCAACAUGAUGAUAUUUAACAAACUGUUACUCUCUCAUAGCCUAACUAAAGGGGGAUGGAUAGAAUCAAUUUUUUUCCCCUUGCAGCCCACAAAAUUCAGCCUAAACAACUGAUUUGUGUUUAUUAUUGAUAUUGAUCAGAGUAAAUAAGCCCUUCAGUUUCUGUUGCCUCAGUGUCCCCUUCUAUACAUAGGAAUAGAAACAGGACCCAUGUCAAGGGAUGGAGUACUAACGAAAUAAUUUAAUCUACAUAUAAAGUGCUUGAAACAGGCUUGGCAGAUAGACAGUGCUAUAAACGUUUCAGUAGUUUUAUUUCUAACAGCAUCAACUGCUAAGUAGACUUAUUUCAUAUGGGCUUCUUUUUUUAUUCACAGAAUAAUUUUAGGUUUGAAAAUCCAACGUGUAAAUCAGUGGAGCACAGUGGCUGGAAGUGUGACUUCCAGGGCUUACGUAAUACUGCCUGGGUUUCUGAGUCCGUUAAAUAGCAAUAAUAAUAGCAUUUGACUCAUAGGAUUAAUUAUUCAAGUGAGGGCUAAAUACACUAAUAUGCUUAAAGGACUUAGAACAAUUCUUGGCACACACAAAAAUUCAGUAAAUGUUAAGCACUAUUAUAUAAGCAAAAUUCAGAAAAGUAAUUAGUAGUCUAAAUUUAUCACCCAGUUGUUAGGGACAACGACAGAUUUAUUGUAUAGAAAAGUCUUAAUAACUUAGGUAUAUUAGAGAAAAUAGAUCUUCAGAAGUAAAGCCUUGAACGGGGAGGUAGACUUCCUGUGGCACGGGACCAUGAUGUUAUGUAACAGUGGAUGAGUGCCCAAAACCCAUCAGUGCAUUUGGUCACCAUUGGUCCCUUUUUGUGUCCUGAAGCUGAGCACAUCGGAAGGCCAGGGAGUUCCUGAGGUCACAGUCCCUGUCUGUCAGAAAGACCCAGGGUCGAGAUCAAGUGCACACUGCACACAAACCUGCUCUCUUCUCACUUUUCAGUCAUGGUGGGCUUCUCAAAAGGAUGGACAUUUGAAUUUUUUGAGCUGAAGGAGUUAAAGCAAAAAAAAUCUUCUUACCAUAUCAAUGCAAGCUAAGCAAAUGAGCGUGUAUCGUGUUAUAUGUAGUAUUAUAUAGUAUUUUGCCAAGACACAAAGCUUACUUCCCUUUAACUUAUAAAUAAGAUCUUGUAUUAAUGAUUGUAGCAUAAGGUGGAUAUUUUCCUUAUUAAUAGCAAAUAAAAUGUAAGCAUAAUAGUCACUGGUUUUGUUUUAUAUAGAAGAGGGUAAUUGUAAGAUAUUUUUGGAGGUGCUAAAAUCGAGAAUUAAAAAUUUGAAGUUA